UUCUUCACGAAAAUACAUCGUGAAUGUGGCGUGUGUUGUUUGGAAUACUGUGAGUCGUAAAUAAAAAUGCUUUUGAUGCAUAACUAAAUCUUGUUAUAAGUGAACUUCGUGUGUGUAACAACAUUAAACAAUCAGGCGGCUUUCUGUGAAUAACAAAAUCUGGCGCUAUAAAGUGAUUUACUUUUGGUAUUUUGUCAUAUGUUGCACGCCUGCCUUGGGAUUUCAAUGAAGACAAAAAAAAAUAAUCAGUAAUUCCGAUGCUUAUUUGAUAAUGCUAAAUAGACACAACCAGUCUUCCGGCACGUUAUUGCGCUUUCUCGUGACAAUGCGGUGCCUCUUGUGCGAAUACAUUUUCUAAAAUGUUCAUGUCAUUGAUUCAUGAUGAUGGUUGUUAGAGCUGAAACUGAAUAAUAUCAGAAUGAGUCACAAUCUGGCUGGAAUGCCAUCCUACAGGCUGCCAGGCCCAGGACUAGGGCCUCCAGACUUCAAGCCUCCGAUGGACACGCCGACACCGCCGGCGCCAGCACCAAGCAACCCUAAAAAGAGAAGGAAAACUUCAAAUGCUAAUAAUGCAUUAACGCCCCCUCAACCUCCUCCCACGGCACAAGAUCUUCUGCCUCCUCCUCUAACAGGAUAUGGAGACACUAUUGUUGCUUCAAACCCCUUUGAUGACUCUCCUUCCACCGUAUCACAUAAUGGCCCCAUGAUGAGUCAGAAUGGAUCAAUGAUGAAUCAAAAUGGUCCAAUGGGAAUGAUGGGGCCAAUGCACAGUAUGGGUGGCCCACCAAUGAGACUCAUGAGCCCGCAUGGAAUGAACCCCAUGAACCAGCAAAUGCCUCCUAGAGGUGGAAUCAGUCCGAUGGGUAAUAUGAGUCCUAUGGGACAUAUGGGUGGUAUGUCACCUAUGGGAGGCCCCAAUAUGAGUAUGAGUAACCACAGUAUGGGGCCAGGAAUGGGCCCAACAUCUAGGUCAAUGGGCAGUCCAAUGAGUCCCAUGAAUUCUAUGCCAAUGGGUUCACCAAUGUCAUCUGGACCUAUGGGAAGCCCUAUGAAUAUGGGGUCAAUGGCAGGCAGUCACAUGAGCAAUAGUCCUAUGGGGCCACCAAUGCACAGUCCUCUCGGGGCUGGAUCUAUGAAUGGACCAAUGAAUGGUCCCAUGGGUGGUGGAGGACCAGGCAUGAAUGUCCCACGCAUGAACGGACCAAUGGGGCCUAGUUGCUCUAACGGUUCAAUGGGACCUAGUAAUUCAAUAAUGUCUUCUAAUCCAAUGCAAGGUGGUGGUAUGGGACCUGGGCACUGUGGACCCAUGAGACAUGGAAGUCCAAUGCCCUCAGGCAUGGGAAGUGGACCAAUGGGUGGCAAUGGUCCAAUGACAUCUAUGGGCCCAGGUCCCCCUUAUUCUAGCAGUCAUAUGGGUCACGGAGGACCGAUGGGUAUGGGAGGAAAUGGAUCUAUGGGGAUGGGUCCUGGACCAGGAAAUAUGGGAAAUUGUGGACCACUUGCUGGAAUGAGUGGCAUGGCAAUGGGUGGUCCAGGAGGGCAAGGAGUGGGUCCAAUGGGCCAGAGCAUGGGUAUGUUUGGACCUAAGCCUAUGCCAGUGAGUGCUGGUAAAGUGUACCCACCUGACCAACCUAUGGUGUUUAACCCUCAAAACCCUAAUGCUCCACCCAUAUAUCCAUGUGGAGUUUGUCACAAAGAAGUACAUGACAAUGAUCAAGCUAUAUUGUGUGAAUCUGGAUGCAACUUCUGGUUUCAUAGGGGCUGCACAGGCCUAACGGAGCCAGCAUUCCAGUUGCUGACGGCAGAAGUGUAUGCGGAAUGGGUGUGUGACAAGUGCCUGCACUCCAAGAAUAUACCUCUGGUGAAGUUCAAACCAUAGCGAUGCGCCGUGCCCCCCUCGCCUCCCCUCCUACCACCCAUUUGAGUCAAAAUCCCUUCCUAACAUCACAACAUAUUUAUUUCACUUCAUCAAAUGAGAUGGACACUGUAUGUGAACACAAGUAUAGUAUAUAGGCUUGGGCAUGAAGUCGGUCUGUCUGAUCAACUUAAAAAUUGGUCUGUUGGUUCCCUAGCUAAGAAAGAUCUCAUGUUGGAUAGUUACAUUAAAUUAAGAAAACUAAAAUGUAUUGAAGACUUAAUCAAAUUUAAUAUUAUGUUAAAUCAAUACACAAUUUGAUUGCUAGUAACUCCAGAGAAUAGUUGGUGAAUAGGUUAUUGAUGAAAGUGCAGACGGUCCUGUUAUGUCUAGUCUGUUAUGAUUGUCAUUUUAUUUAUUUUUAACCUAAAUCUAAGAAAUUGUGGUCAAUAAGCCUUGUAUGGAAUAUAUAUAAAAUGUGUUCCUCAUAACGCAUAUCUGUUGAAGCAAAUAAAUGUUUAAGUAUUGGUAGCACAUAAAUGGAUACAGAACUCCAAAGUAUAAGCAAUAAAAAUGGCUGCCCAAGAAGUUUUUGAUGCCUGUUAUGCGUGUUGCUUUAGUCUCUGUGCAUAUUGUAAAUAUUUUUUAGAUAAAUAAGUUAUAAACAUUCUCCGCCUUAUGAAAAUGGUGACCUAAAUGUGUACAUCAAUCAAUGUUGAAUGUAGUGCACAUCAGAUCCGUUGUUAGGUCUUUUACACAUUGUAUUAUUGUAGUCAGACUCAAAGUUCUUGUGUUGACUAUGGCAGCACAGUUUGUAAGACACCUUAGGCGAUCCUAGUUUCACUAUAAUGAUAAUAAUGUACUUAUUAUUUUGGUGCCCUAGUUUGCAUGUAACAUUACGCGCGUUAUCUUUAUGUACUUGUAAAUAUGAUGAAUCCAUACGCUUUGUUAAGUAUAAGGGUGUUAAAUGUGUUUGUCAAUUUUUUAACUUUUGGAGAUUUUUUUAAUAAUAAUUAACAUGUAAUAUAAGCUAUGUAAAUAUACAAGUAGCUUAAUAGUGAACUGAGAUUAUACACCGGAGAUGCUGGCUCCAAACUUGCGCGUGGUUGUGACGUCAUGAGCUCGCGUACUCUGGAUAUCGCAGCUUGUUUUAUUUUUAAUUUACCGAAUCAUAAUUUGGAGCCAGCUCAUACAUACACAUAUAAAGAAUCUUUGUUUCAGUCAUUUUAUCAAUUUUAAUUAUAUUUAAUAUAUACUUUGGAAAUCAAUUGACAUUUCGCCCAUACAAAGUGGUUCGAAGAUAAUGGCUUGUUCAUUGGUAGACAGAUCAGCAUACUACUUUAUAUCACCAUUAUAAGAACAAACAAAUAUCUGGCUACAUCAUAUAAGAUAAAACGUAUAGAAAGUACAACUGCAUGACGUGACUCAUUUUACAAAUGUUAUCUUUCAUCCACUCAAAUUCCGUACCCUCAUUUAGUUAAAAAGCUACGACUGUUCUGUUUCUCACAUACCCGGAACAGGACAGGACUGAAUCAGGAGUCUAUUUAAUGUAAACAAUUCUUUCCUAGAAUAAAUCAAUCUGGUCUCGUCACCUACAUUUGUGUAGCCUUUAAAAUUAAUAAUAUACUUAAUUUCUUCAGUGCACAACAAAAUCAGCGCCAGUAUCAUUUUUUUUACAUAAAUGUUAUGAACAGUUUUGCAGAUAAUGUCCGAAUGCUCAAAUAUGUCCUGGCUAUUUUAGCCAGGUAUAAAACUAUUUUAUUUUAAAAGCUAUUUUUUUUUCGAAUGAAGAGAUACCUUUUUGUUGUAUGUAUAGAAAUCUUAAUCAUACUUUAUGUUUUAACAGUUAAAAUCAAUGUACUUAUAAAAAAUUACGAAAAAUAAAUCCUGCAGUCUUGUCAGGAAAUAACAAACUGAAUCUGUUAUCAGUAUCAAUAAAGUACAUAAUAUAUUUAAAAUAAUCCAUUAUGUUACACAUAUGAAACUGUGUUAAGUACAAGUAGUCAAGUAUGUACUUUUUAAAUUGGCCAUUACUUGGAUAUAAACGUUCAUAAUAACUUUACAAUUUAGUUUUAGAACUUGGACACGCACUUAAUCGUUCGAUUACUUAGGUUGUGCGAAGCAUGCAAUACUUUCGUACAAUUAAACUGUGUAUUUAUGUACGACAAUGUAUGUUAAUUACUAUUACAUAGCUUAUUAGUAAAUUAUUUUGAUGAUUUUUGUCUUAGCUCUGAUUCUAGUGAGAUACCAUCAGUGAAAAAUUAAAGAAAUGUUAACCAGAUGAUCUAUCUUAUUUUUGUCAUAUUUUAUAUCAGGAAUCUUUGAAGUGUAUUUUUCAAUUAUUUAACGUUCAAAAAACACAACACGUUUCAUUUUACGUGUGAAAAAUAUUACAGUGACCAUAAUUUGUAGUUUUACUUAUUCAAAGUAAUUUGUGAAUGUAGCAAAAUUCUUUUUUUUUUCUAUUGAAUCUUGCUAAACUAGUUAACAGUUUCUUGAUUUAUUUUCACAACCAUGACAUUGAAUUAAGUACAGAAGGUUUUAUGAAAUAAGCAUACUUAUAAUUUUGUGGAAGAUUCUAGGAAUUUUAUAUUUUGAGAGAUUUACAUCUUAUGUAAAAACAUUUCUAUUUCGUGCUUAAAAUAUUUUUGUCGUUCUAAAACUAUUGGUAAUCGAGAGAAAUACAUAAGUAUUUAUAAUUGUGUAAAUAUAUUUAAUAUGACUCCACGAAUAAUUUCUGAUAAUUGUACAGUUACUUAUAAUUUAGGAAUUUAUAUAAGAUAUUCGGCCAUGAAUGUAAUAAUAAUUUUAAUGCGGUGAGCACAUCACAAUAAUUAGUUGACGAAGGGACUGCUGCUAUUGUAUAUUAAUUUCACUUGUAAAUGUUACUUACGUGUUACACUACACUAUACACGCAUCGCAACAGUUGUGAAUGUCAGAGUUGUAAUUCAGAAUAUUUUAUGAAGUCUAAAAUAGAAUAUCAGUGGUCUUAAACUUGUGCAUAGUUUAUUUUGUAUUAUGUGAAUAAUAACAAGCAAUAAUAAAAUUGUUAUUGAGGAA